AUGACGGUGCUAACGAACCCCCUCUACCGGCCUCUUCUCGAGAUUCUCCGCUCAUCUCGUAACGGUAUAGUCUACGGAGGUAAGCUCAGAUUCUCCCAUGCGCUUGUCAUAAACUUGUUGUACCGUUCGGGUCCCCUUAUGCCCCGAAUGAAGCUGGUGUUGAAGGCAACCAAGGAGCAUUCCACGGUGUUGGCAGCAUUCGCUAUUAUUUACAAGACCGCAGUGAAUUUGUUGAAGCUGGAUCAAAUAUUGGGACCCAGUACUGGCUUGGUCAAGUUCGUGGCUGGUGCAUUUGCUGGAUGGGUAGUGUACUCGCAGCACUUUGACACGUUCAAUCCCGGAAUCACCCACCAAAUCACAUUAUACUGUUUCCUGAGGGUAUUGAUUGCUCUUGCAAAGAUUCUUCUCGAUCAGUACUUGCAGUGUCGCCAGCCCAGUUUGAGGAUCAAGGGAGAAAUGGUCAAGUUCAAUGAUUUGAAUGAUUCACAAUCGCGCAGAUUCAAGGCCAAGAUCUACAACAAACUGUGGAAGUACUUCGCUGUACUCACCUGGGCGUUGGUGAUGUUUAUCUAUGACUACCAGCCUCAGUAUUUGCAGUCGUCGUUGAGGCACUCCAUGGCAUACAUCUACGAUGUUGAGAUGGACACCUGGGCAACGUGGAGAGACUUCUUUGGGUUCUAG